CUAGAUUGUCAUAUCACCUAUCCUAAACGUCUGUGUUAUGAAACACAAAUUGUUUAUUAACGAAUGUAUGUAUACAUCACAGCCAUAGAGCACAUAAAAACAAAUUUCAAAAUCUUAUAAGGCAUAGAUGGUUCCGUAACUCUUCCGCCAAACAAAUAUUAACUUUGUAUGCACUAUAAUCUUCUACCAUAACGCAAACUCUAAGCAUUUUUUAAGGAAUAUAAUAUUAUCUUUACUUUAUAAAAUAAAAUUAGGAUAAUUAGUUUUUGAUAUGGAGUUUUAUUCGCUUUCGUUCUUGGCAUGUUCGUGUUUUCUGGUGAUGUUUCGCGGGGUUGGAUGUAUUACGUUCAAGUCGAAUUCCGUCUCGCAGACCUUCCGAGUUCCUGUAAGGAAGUGCGAGGUUGGCUACGACAUGUUGGUUCUUCCUGGCAGCACGUGGACUGAAGGGUGCCGCGCAUGUCGAUGUGACUCGGAUGCAGGCAGAAUCUGCGUGGGGCCAAUUUGUCCGACCCCGUACCACCCGACACAUGACGAUCAUUGUAUACAGUGGUCUGCCGACAAAUGCUGUUGCGAAAGGGUCGGAUGUUUGAGUUACGGCGUGGUCUACAACUUCGGUGAAAUAUAUCCGAAGACACCCGAUUCUUGUGAAGAAUGUCUCUGUGAAGGAGGGCCGGGCCCGGAGAAAUGUUGGAGGAGGCACUGUUCAUUACGCUGUGUAGACGCCAAGCAGAUUCGGGGACACUGCUGUAAGCAGUGUGUCAACGGAGACAACUGCAGCAUACCUUCUUUAAAAGGCGUCGACGUCAUGAACAAUGUAGCGACAAAGAACCCACUACCUGUCAACAAUACUCGUCUCGUUUACAGUGACACAAUGCCCGGUCUAUUUUAUCUGUGUGUAUGCGUGGACCCUGGAGCAGCUGCAAUGUGUUUCCAGAAUAUGGCACUGUGAAUGUUAUCUACGCGGAAUAACUUCAGACAAUGAAGUGGUAGUGGACUCUUCUGAGCAAUACCCGUUCUUCAUAUGGAGUUCCAGAGUUAAUUUAUUACGAGGCAUUUUUUUACUUUUUCAUCUUUUAUUAUACCUUUUUAAAACUCUCAUUAACUUUAGUAUGUUUGUUUUCUGUUGAUCAGGAUCAUAAACAUUAUUUGCAUUGCGUUAUUUGUAUUUUUAUUUUAAUAUUCUAUCAUAUUUGUUUUGUUACUAUUAUGCUAGUUAUAUAUUUUAAUAUUUCUUCUUUUUAUGGUAAAUUGAUGUCAUAUUUUUCAUCAUCACCAUUAUUUUGAUGAUGAUGAUUAUUAUUAUUAUUAGUAGUAGUAGUAGUAUUAUGUUAAGAUUGAUGUAAAUAAAACUGACUAUUUCAUUAGGUAUUUUUAUUUUAUCUAAUUUUACUUUAUUUAAUGUUUAUCUUUUAUUUUUGGUUCUGCUUUAUUUUUCUUUAUUUUCGUUUUUGAUUUCUUAAUUUUUUUAAUUUUUUUUUUUUCGCCCCCACCCCGAGAUAUUGAUGAUUCUCUUCGACCACACAAUUAAUUUAUUUGUAGUCCAUUCACAUUUACGUCAGUAAUGACGUCAUGUAUAUAUUAAAGGCACGGUUACACGGCAGUCGAGCUUCAGCUAGUCAUACCUUCCGAUGACAAAAAAAACAAAACAAAACAAAACAAACAAAACAAGUUCAAAAUUGAUAAUUGUUUGAGAAAAGUAUUACUUUGUGACGCAAGGGCCGUACAUGGAUUUAGUUUGGAAAAGACGUCUAAAUUUAUUAGAUACCUGU